CAGUGUUGUACUCGGGUCACAGACGGUCUUUGCCUCAAGCUUUUCAGACUUCGUAUCUUCCAAACAACCCUAUAAUCGCCAAGAGACAGUGAUUUAAAAGAUGUCAGCUUACCGCAUUCUGCUGAUAGGUAAGACCGGAAAUGGAAAGAGCACUACGGGCAACACCAUUCUUGGAGAGACGUUUUUUGAUCCACAGUGUGGAAUGAGCUCAGUGACUGGCGAGUGUAAAUGGAAGAAGGUCUCCAGAUGUGGCUACGACAUUGAGGUAACUGAUACACCAGGGGUUUGUGACACUAAUCGACCUGAAGGUGAAGUGGAAACGGAGAUCGCCAAGAGUGUAGCGACCAUGGUGCCGGGACCUGACGCCAUCUGCUUUGUAAUCAGAGGAUCGAGUCGCUUUACAAAAGAGGAAAUACAAGCGUAUGAAAAUUUAAAAACUGUUUUUGGCCAGGAGAUGACUAAAUACCUUAUUCUUGUCGUAACCGCAGUCACUCAAAAGGAUUUCCAAGAAAAAUUGCAGAAGAAUGAAAAGACUUUUCCUUCUGAUUUUUUAAAACUGCUAAAAGAAGCUGGCAACCGUUUUGUCUGCUUCAGCGAGGAUCUCACAAACCCAUCCUCCACGGAUGAGGAAGCGAAAAGACUGCUGCAACGUGUGGUCGACCUUAAAACUCGGAAUAAUGGGUCCUAUUACUCAAACCAUCUUGUCAAAAAUUUCAACCAAAUAAUUACAAAAGAGGCCGAGAAGACUGGCCACUCCGUAGAAGAGAUUAAAGAAGAGUUAGUUUCAGGUAAGAAUCCCGGACUCUUAGCGAAGUUAUAUCAUUUUAUACCCAGAUUCUUGAGAGAUAACAUGUACUGUGCUGUUAUGUAAUAUGCAUAUUUGUCCGCUCUUCAGCAGAACUGAGUAUGAAUCAGAGGACAUGAGCAGGGCUAAAAUGGCCACCAUCUAUUAAUGCUCUUCUCUAUAGCUCGCUCGGUGAUCAUCUGACUUUUUUUACGGCUAUUGGUGUGCUUACUGUUCUCAAUAUUUUGUUUCCAUCCCUUUAGCCUCUUUGUGUUAUGCAGUUUACAGCCUGUAAUUCUUCCUUUGAUUUUUGUAUUACUAUUUUGCUUUAUAGCAAUGAGCUCGCUUCUAUGCGGCAAAGUGUGUUGCUAAAUAUGCUAUUGAUUGUGAAAAAGUUCAUUUCUUACUUACUAAUAUUUCCAGUAAUAUUUGUAAGUAUUUAUGGCAUAGAGUAAAUUUUGCUUUAAUUAUUAAGGUCUCCAGACACACUAAUUUUAAAACUAGAAUCGUAAGAAAAUCGGUUCUAUUGUAAAUCUGUAAGAGAUUAAAAAUAGAACUAUGUUCCUCAUAUCCGGGUGGUUGUGUUCCUUUAAAUAUCUCAAGGGAAAUGAAAUUACUAAAUACAAGACAAGGAAGACCAAACGACGUAGUAUAUGGCAAACAUAUCCUGUAGUGUUGGUUGUAAUUUCAAUAUGAAUAAAGCUGUAUGUAAAAGCAAGCAUAUUGUUAAAAAAAGUUCUUUGUCACAAUCUUGUCAUACAUUCUUUUGUAAUAUCUCAUAUAACUAUAACUAGCAAAAAUUUGUGGUUGUACAACAUUGUGGUAUGUUCCUACUUGUAAUCAUGCCACAAUUUUUAUAACAUAUUGUUCUUUCAUUAAUACAUACCAUGUAACGUGUUUACAAAUGCUGCAAUGUUCUUGCUUACUUUAGCUAUUUUGUAUCGACAGGGUUGUCCAUGGGACAUAUUUUUCUAUCCCGUCCC